AUGCCCAAGGCCGGACCAGGAAAAAAAGGGGGCGUGCGACACGACCCGCUGCAUGUGCAGCUUGAUGCGGACGCGUCGCUUCGGCGUUUUGGGCGGGUCAGCGCGCCGGAGAAACGGAAGAAGAGGCGGGAUACGGGGAGUGAUGACGAGCAGCGGCCCGAGGACGCGCGCAUGUCGCGCAAGAUUCUCGAUCUCGCGCGCGAGCAGGCGGACGAGGUGGGGCGCGAGAUGGGGGACGGCGACAAGUGGGACGACGACGAUGAGCCUAGCGUGCCAGCAGGGCGGGGGCGGGUUAUGAGCAGCGACCUGGAGAGCGAUGAUGAGUUUGGCGGCGACGUCAGCGGUAGUGAGGAGGAGGCCGAGCUGCACAUCGACCCCCAGGACCACGCGACCCUCGACGCGCUCAACCCCAACAGGCCUGAGGAGGGGGGACAGACGCUCGCCGACAUUAUCUUUGCCAAGAUGGCGGCUGGGCCGGUUGUCGACGACGGGCCGCCUGACCCGAAGCAGGGACUCAGCGACAAGGUCAUUGAGGUGUACACAAAGGUCGGCUUCCUGCUCUCGCGCUACAAAUCUGGACCGCUGCCCAAGGCGCUUAAGAUCCUGCCAUCGCAGUCGAACUGGGCGCAGCUCGUGGCCUUGACCGAGCCGACAAACUGGACGCCGCACGCGACCUACGCCUGCACCAAGAUCUUCGUGUCCAACCUCAAGCCCACUGAGGCGCGUGUUUUCCUCGAGGGUGUGCUGCUCGAGCGUGUACGCGACAACAUUCGUGACGACGGCAAGCUCAGCGUACACCUGUACGAGGCGCUCAAGAAGGCGUUGUACAAGCCCGCCGCGUUCUUCAAGGGCGUCCUCUUCCCGCUCUGUGAGAGCGCGUGCUCGCUCAAGGAGGCUGCCAUCGUCGGCAGUGUGCUCACAAAGGUGUCUGUGCCCGUCCUCCACUCUGCCGCAGCGCUCAUGCGCCUCGCGAGCAUGGACUACUCGGGCCCUAACAGCUUGUUCAUCCGCAUCCUCCUCGACAAGAAGUAUGCGCUGCCGUACAAGGUCGUCGACGCGCUUGUCUUCCACUACAUCCGCCUCGCUAACUCGCCGCGGUCCAAGGACGGCGAGGACAAGCUCCCGGUUCUCUGGCACCAGAGCUUGCUCGUGUUCGUGCAGCGCUACGGCUCCGACCUCACUGCCGACCAGAAGGACGCAUUGCUCGACGUGAUCCGCGUCCGUCCCCACCCUACUAUUUCGGCUGAGAUUCGCCGCGAGAUUGUCGCCAGCGUCGAGCGCGGUGCGCCGCGUCCAGACGAGGAUGUGGUGAUGGGUUAG